UGUAGUAUGAUUGAUUACCUUAAUUAAAUAAAUAAAUAAAUAUAAAUAAGGAUGCCAGAAAGGAAUAACUGUACCAUGGCCAUCGGCCAUCGUUGCCUCACCAUAUUACAUCAUCAUCAUCAUCAUUGUCUCAACAAAUACAUGAAAAAAAAUUAAAAAACCAUCUUAGAAAACAUCGAAAAGAAAAGAAGUUGAAGAUUGAAAAAUGGGUGGUCUGGGCGACAGGCUUUCAUCGUUUUUGAAUAACAGAUGGCUUGUAUUUGUGGCUGCAAUGUGGAUACAAUCUUGUGCAGGGAUUGGAUAUUUGUUCGGCAGCAUUUCACCGAUCAUAAAGACCUCUUUAAAUUACAAUCAAAGGCAGAUUGCUCGGUUAGGUGUGGCCAAAGAUUUGGGAGACAGCGUGGGAUUCCUGGCGGGGAGUUUAUCGGAGAUUCUGCCAUUGUGGGCAGCUCUUCUUAUCGGAGCUAUUCAGAAUUUUGUUGGUUAUGGUUGGGUUUGGCUUGUCGUCACCUCUAGAGCCCCUGUUUUGCCAUUAUGGGCUAUGUGCAUACUUAUCUUCAUAGGAACAAACGGCGAGACGUACUUCAACACAGCAUCCCUCGUUUCCUGUGUCCAAAACUUCCCCAAAAGCCGAGGUCCCGUUGUGGGAAUACUAAAGGGCUUUGCUGGUUUGGGCGGUGCCAUUUUGACCCAAAUAUACGCUGUCAUGUAUUCUCCAGACCACGCCUCCUUAAUAUUCAUGGUCGCUGUGGGGCCCACAAUGGUCGUCAUUGCUCUCAUGUUCAUCGUCAGGCCCGUCGGUGGUCACAGGCAGCUACGCCAAUCCGACGGUUUCAGCUUCUCGAUUGUAUACUCCGUAUGCCUCGUUUUGGCUUCUUAUUUGAUGGGAGUCAUGCUCGUUGAAGAUCUAUUCGAUUUGAACGAAACCGUUAUCAGAAUCCUCACCGCGGUUUUAUUCAUCAUUUUGUUGGUUCCCAUUGUCAUACCUAUCACACUGUGCUUUUCACGGGAUCCAAGGGCAUUAGUGGAAGAACCACUUCUACAAGAUUCGCCGAAAGGGCCCGCCAAAUCCGAAGAAGAAGAUAUUAUAUUCAGUGAAAUGGAAGACGAAAAGCCACAUGGAGUGGAUAUGCUUCCAGCUUUGGAGAGGCAAAAGAGAAUGGCACAACUUCAGUCGAGAUUAGCACAGGCAGCUGCUGAGGGAGCUGUCAGAAUCACCAAAAGAAGGCCACACAGAGGCGAAGACUUCACUUUGACUGAGGCAUUAAUAAAAGCCGAUUUUUGGCUUAUAUUUGUCUCUCUCCUAUUAGGCUCGGGUUCUGGUUUAACCGUGAUCGAUAAUUUAGGUCAAAUGAGCCAGUCUUUGGGGUACGAUAAUACACACGUAUUUGUUUCCAUGAUUAGCAUUUGGAACUUUCUAGGCCGUGUAGGUGGUGGUUAUUUCUCCGAGAAAAUCGUCAGGGAUUACGCAUAUCCAAGACCAGUAGCAAUGGCUGGUGCACAAAUUAUAAUGGCUUUUGGACAUUUCUUCUUUGCUAUGGGAUGGCCAGGUGCAAUGUACUUGGGAACUCUUCUCGUAGGGCUCGGUUACGGGUCUCACUGGGCAAUUGUACCUGCUGCUGCUUCGGAGCUUUUUGGGCUGAAAAAGUUCGGGGCUUUAUACAAUUUUCUGACAUUAGCAAACCCUGCUGGUUCAUUAAUAUUCUCGGGCCUCAUUGCCAGCAGCAUAUACGAUCGAGAGGCUGAAAAACAAGCACAUGGGCGCCUUGGGGAUCGAAACGGAAUAUCCUCAUUUUCAAGAUUCCUUAUAGCAGAUGACCCUCUAAAGUGUGAUGGUGCAAUUUGCUUCUUCUUGACUUCGAUGAUCAUGUCUGGACUUUGCAUCAUUGCUGUUGUUUUAAGCAUGAUUCUUGUUUAUCGGACUAAGCCUGUCUAUGCUCACCUUUAUGGAAGAUCUCGCAGGUAAAUUUUGACAAGCAAUGCGGGUCGGUGAUCACUAUAGCGGGAUAUGUAUCUCUCUCUCUUUUUUUUUUUUCUUUUUUUGGUGGCCAUUCAGAUAUUCUGCUUGAUGUUGUAUCUGUCUGUAUAUUAUUAUUACAUAUUCUUUGGUAAAAUUUUAAUCCCAAAGAACAAAACAUGUUCUGAAUGAGAAUUGUUUUUGUUCUUCUGUGUUGUAA